UGCUACAUAUUAGCAGUAUUGCUACUUUUUGUAGCAACGCUUUUGCCCCACACUUGACAAAUUACGGUUGUCUGUUCGACAUAUUCCCACUUGAAGCCAAACCACCGCCAGACGAUGGACCGCGUGCUGUUUUUCUUGGGAAUUAAUUCUUCCUUCAUUUGUUACCAGAUUCGCACCUUCUUUCUCUCGUAUUACCACUCGCACCACAGCUAACGUUACCCAUGCCGCUACCUCUCUGCUCUGCGAGGGCGUAUACGUAUGUAAGAAGGUGCGCUUGCUGUCUGUGAGAAGGAGAGACAAGAGUGAAAAAAGCCUGUAGUGUAAUGCCUGCAGCUAAAAGCUACUGCGUGAGAACGUAUACUCGAAUAUCACGAUAUAGUCAUUUUCUAUAUCGCACAGAGACAAACCUGCGAUAUAUCGAGUAUAUCGAUAUAUCGCCCAGCCCUAGUUUCCAUCCAUUUCCUGUCUGUCUGCUAUUAGUAAACUACAUUGGUUUUGUAAAACUACUUGUGAGUACUGUAAUGUAAAACCAUUGUGUUUAAUGUGUAAAAAACUGAAAAGAUAUGUCACAGUGAAUGAAACAAGGAAAAAAUGUAACAAGUUUUGUUGCACCAGGACGGACAACGCCAUCAAAAGCCACUGGAACUCCACCAUGAGGAGGAAAGUGGAGCACGAGGGCUACCUGCAAGAUGGCUGCCCUAAGACUUUCACUUCCUCGUACAGCGGCAGGAAGAGGCGCCAUUACUCGCCGUGCCCCCCGCCGACGGUGCAGCGUUGCGACCUUAGCCCACCGCCUCCUUUGGCGUAACCCAACACGAUGGCAGGAUGUCCUUUUGAUGGGCGCCCCCUGAUGGACAGUUUUGAUUUCAUCCCUGGCUCAGAGCAGUACUCGGCCUGGUCCGACAAAGCGUCUGAUGACACACUCAGCUUGGAGGAGCAGGUGGACAGCAUCUUCUGGGCCAAAGCGCAGAACCGCAGAGGAGCUUCCUCCCAAAUGUCCAUGUCCCCCAGCAAGUUCUUGGCUGUGGAGGCCAGCACGGUGCUGUCCAGCGUGCACACCAUUCCAAACUUGGCUGAGACCAUAGAACUCAUUCCUCUUCGUCAUAUUAUCUUCAUUAGAUGGCGCACAAUGGACUGAAGCCAGGUUGGACCUCUCGGAGAUGACGCCGAGGCAAGACCAGCCUGCCUUUGCCCUGCUCCUUCAAGAGAGUUGCUUGGGACAUGCGGCGUCUUCCUGCGCCAAGUCCUGCACUCCAGUUUCCGCCAAGAUGUCCAUAGCAACAAGGAGUUAUUAGUUGAAAUUGGUUUAAUCCUUCCUACUAUCAUUUGUUUUCGACAAUGCGUUAAAACACAACAUAAUCGGUCUUAAUGUCAUUCGCACAAACAUGUGGUAGUCCGAAGAAGGCAAUGAGAGAGGAGAUAAACGCAAGACAACUCCUCAGUAAGGAAAGUAGUGAUUGGAACUUGCCAGAUGACGUCAUUGCAAUGGACGCUGUGGAAGUGAUACAAAAGUAAAUUUAAAACAUGCUAAUUAUGAUUAGAACACAAAUUAACUAUCUUCUCUUGAUUCUUAGUUUGUGUUCUUUGAAUUUAAUAAAGCAUUUUUUUGUAUUGUUAAAUGCUAAUGUAUCUACUCAAAGACUGGAGGGCUGUGAAAUGCACCAAUAAACUGAAUCAAUUGAUUGGCUCAUUAACAAACGAAUUGGGAUGUUGCAGUGAUUUAUUUUAGCGUGACAUCAAAAAUUACAUCUCGCUUUUUAAUAGGGUUGCACCGCACGAUUUGAAGUGGCGACUUGUGCAACUGAAAUAGGCUCCAGCACCCCCCGCGACCCCAAAAGGGACAAGCGGUAGAAAAUGGAUGGAUGGCAGCUGGGCCCCUUUAAGUGAACGAUGAGAACCGAUUCACAUUUGUGAGCCAUUAG